UAUUUUGUGCUAUUUUUCUCGUUCACAGAAAUUUAUCUGCUUAAUUCUUGAUAAAGUUAUAUUCCAAAAGGUUAAUAUGCAACGUGUGUUAGUUUUUAAGCACUAAGAAAUCUCCACAGAAGCUGACAGUGGUGUUAUAUCACGCGGAUGCGUAGUUUACAUUGUAUGCGUUAAGUGGUCAAUAAGCUUGAAGGAAUUUUCAAAGGAAAUGGAUAAUAAACAGACUUCAAAGAAAUCUAAAAAGAGUGUAACAACAACCGAUAAAAAUAAUAACAAAAAUGGCAGUAAGAAGAAAAAGAAAAACAGGAAAUCUGCAAAUAAAUCGGACAAUAAAGACAGCGACCAGAGCCCAGAUACUUUGGAAGUCGAGGGACUAGGUGCAUUGGAUAACACGCAAGGUGUCGACUCGGAUUCAUCACUUGCCUAUCAAGAAAGCUCCAAACGAGGCUCAGGUCCUCCGGAAAAUGCUACUCAAAACAGACUGGAAAACACCUCAACUGCCGUGGAAGUCGAGGCCAAGAAAACGUCAUCAUCCAAUCUGCAGAUCAGUGUUGCUGCCAUCUCCAUAAAGCCUUCCAGAUCACAGGACUCCCUCAGAGAAGCUCCUGUAAAGGAGACGUCGUCAGCCAUGAUCACAAGGCAAAGAAGUGUCAUCACUAAAAACAAUAAAUACAAAACAAGCAUAAACACUACAUUGAAAACGGGAUAUCAAUUUGGUGCUAAAUCACUUCCAAGAAAUUCGUCCUGUGUUAAUCUUCCAGCCAGUAAGAAUGAGAGUUUACGAUGGGACAAUCCGGCGGACGGAUCCGACGAGGAGGACGAGAGAAUUAGGUUGUAUAAAAUCAAUAGAAGGAAAAGAUAUUUAGCAGCAGCUCAGGCAAAAGGCCUAGGAUGGGCAGCAAAUUAUAAGAAUGGAACACCAGUAAACGAAGACUCAGGGAUAGAGGCCAAGGACUCCCGAACAGCUGCCAGGAAUGAUAAUCACGUGAUGUCAGACUUUAGUCCAAUGAAAAGCCUGGCACCAACAGCAUCAAAUUCUGGCCUCGCUAUGGUAGAAUGUUGAUGAUGUUUAUUGUUUAAUUUAUUGAUAAUUAUUGUAAUUGUAGUACAAAAUGUAAACAUUUUAUUCAUUAACACUGUAUAUGUACAUGUUAUUUUGUACUAUUUUUUCAUUAAUAAUUUUCUUCUGAUGCAGAAAAAAAUAAACCUUUAGGCUAGUUGUUAAUGCAAACAAAAAUUUCUUUUUUAAAAUAUUCAAACUAGAUACUAGUAAUUCUACUCAAAACGGUCACAACCAUAUGUUAAGUGCUAUUUGUUCAUGAACCAAUCAUUCAUUCUUCGUUUCAUUGGGUUACUGAUUAACAAUUACAUGUUCUACUAGUCAGCUGUAUUUCAAUGUUUGUUUAUACUUAAUUUUGUAGUUAUUCUUUAUUUUUACUACACAGCAUAAUUUCUUUUAUCAUGACCACCCUGCAUUGAAUUAUUGAUGAUAAACAUAUCUUUACUAAAAAAGAAAAUAUUUAUGUAUUUUUUGGCCUUGCUGAGUUUUGAUCCAUGGAUGAAAUUCUUCGAACUGGACACAAGAAGGAAAGAAUCAUCCAACAAAAUUCUGAUAUUUUUUUUAUUUAGUUUGAUUGUAAGGGGGAAAUGAAUUUUUACAAAUAUUUUUUUAAGAUUUUAUUUUCCGAGGUAAAAUUUUUGCUUCAGUUAAUUGCAUGUGAGCAUAUACAUUUUCUAUUUACUACUUUCAUUCUUUUUUUGUUUGGUCAAAAUCAUUUAUUACCAUAAAUUUUUAUUGGUUUUUUUGUUAUAUUAUAAAAUGCUUUAGAACCUUAAGCUUAUUUCAUUUAAUAAAUGAAUUCAAUAUCGAA